AAAAGAAAAAAAAAAUACAAAAUAUCAGUUUUAUGGUGGUUAUCGGAUGAAUGUUACUGUUUUAAGUGUUUUAUAUUUUUUAAAUAACAAUUUUCUCGAAAUUUAUUAACAGCAUCUCGAUUUAGACUAAGAAAAUGACUCACAACAAUCCAUCUGAUUUUGCGGCAUACCUACAAUCUAUGGUAAGACUAAAUGCUAUUGAAAAAAUUACACAAGAUUUGGACAAAGAGCUAGCCGACUCUCAACGUAUAAUGCGAGAAAUCAAAAUUAUUUUCAAUGGUGUGCCCACUGCCCAGACAACCCAACAACCGGUUAGUAACGGCCCUAGACAUGAGGAUCUGUCUCAGUUCCUAGAAGCGGAUGUUCCUAAGUUACUUCCACUGGACAUGACGGAAAACACCCCUGAUAUUGAUUUAGAUGAUGUGAUAGCGAAAAUGAAAGGUUACACUGAAGAUUUGAAGAAGAACUUUGUUCUCACACAACAGAAGUUUGAAGGCAAUUUAAAUAUAAAGAAAAUGGAGCAAUUAGAUUUGGAGCAGUAUGCUAAAAGUUUGGAGAAGUUAGGGAAACGUUUGGAGAACAUUAAACUAUCCAAAGAUGAAAAUAACAGGAAUAAUGAUCUUGAAGAAAAAUUGACUACACUUUGUCAAGAUGUCAAUAUGUUCACACAGAUGGUGCAAGCAAAAACAACACUGAGCGAAACUAACAAAAACUGGAACACAACCCCGCAAGAGAGCAGUGCUCUGCAUUAUGGAAAUAUUAUCAACAAAUUACUAUCUGGCAUCAAUGAAGUGACAUACUUACUGCACAAUAAAAAUUGAACUCUUAUUCAGUGAUUAGCUCAAGCUGUGUAGAUUUUGAAGUAUAAUGACUUGUUUUUUAAGUUGUUAAUUGUAUUGCUAUUGCUUCUAAGUCCUCUGUAAUUGGUAUAGAUAGACCCAGUCUACAGAUGUAGACAUUGUCAGCAUAUUUUAACUAUUUAUUUAUUAUUGAUAAAGAUGAGUGUAAUCUAGGAAAAUACUUAUCUAAGUAUUGAAGGUUCUUUAACAUAUUAUAAUUUGUCUAUUGUAGUAUCUACAAAAUUAUGUCAAAAUUCUUCUAUGUGUAAAUAUCAGGAUGAAUAUCCGGCCUGAACUCUCAACCUUUUAAGAAAUUUGGCUUGUCAUAUCACACAUCUAGCACAAUGCUGAUAUAAGUAGAAAAUUAUAAACUUUAGAAAAUCCACUCUAAAAUUUUAACUUUAAAGUCUAAUUUAAAAAAAAUAAGCUCUUUAGUUAAUACAGUAUUCUACUAGGUGUGGAGUAUAUAACUUGGCCUACUGAAAAGAUAGGAUAGUUUUUAUCCUAUAAGAAAUUAACUUUUUUUUUUAUAAAUAGGCAAAGUAACAUUUUCCAAGUCAGCUAGUGUGUUAUAAGAUAGGCACUUUUUAUUAUAGUCAUAUCAAACGCUACUCAAUGUAUUCACUGCCAAUACUUUUAAUUCUGUUAGUUUCUCACAUUUAUAUUAAAAAUAACUUUGUACAUGUAUUUGUAAAAGUAUUAAAUAUUAUCAUUCAUUAUAAAAAAUCUCUGUCAAGGUACCUUUCUAUAAUAAUGUAUUAACUCUAUAUACUUCUCUAUGUAAUCAUAGAGUAAUAAGGUUUUGACUAUGGGACAACUUGUGAUGUAAUAUCAAAUAUUGGAUAAUAUAUGCAUUUUAUUCAUAAAUAUAGGUUAGAAACGAAUAUUGAUCUCACUAUAUUGUUCUUUAGCUGUAAUAAUAAACUUGUAUUAAAGUAUAUAAUACAUCAAUAAGUUAUGUAGUUUUCAUGAAAUUAUUUGAUAAUGCAGGUGUGUUAAUACAGGAAUUUCUGUGUUAUAUUGAUAAUGGGCUUAUUGGCCUGACCUCAUGCUCACCCUAUCAUUCUCCACUGUUAAUAUUCCAUUAUCAUAACACUAGCCCAGUUUCACCCAAUAAAAUUUAUAGCCAUGUGUUAUUCUGAAGCAUUAACUAUAUUACUGUAAAGUUUCAUCAAAAUCCAUUCAGCAGUUUUUGCAAGAAAGAGUAACAAACAUCAAUAUUACCAUCCAUACAAACUAUUGCGCUUAUGAUAUUAGGACAUUAUAAAUAGCUAGUUGUUUCCUAACAAAAAAAAAGUGUUCAAUAUUAUAGUUAUUAUCAAUCGAAUUCACUCUAGGUCCCUGUGGGAUAUGCAUACAGUUAACUCUGAUAUAGUAAAAUGGCCAUUUUCCAUCUUUCAUCAGUUGAAUAAUAAAUAGUCUACUUUUGUCUCUGCUAGUGGAAUGUAAGUAAUUGUAAAUAGCUUUUAAUGUCAUGAGUAAUAUCUGCAACCACUGCAGCAAUUUUUUUUUUCGGGCUAUUCUAAUUCUUUUGGACGCAGCUGGCCUUUACAGCUUCACCGGACGAUAGGGGGCGAGUGCAGAUGGCACUCCAAACCAAAGGAAGGACUUAUGGAGCGGCUGAAGGCAACUCCCGCCUGACGGAUACGACUUUAGUCUGAGGGCACCACUUGGGGUGAACCUCGCGAACCUCGGCUCAGGCCGUCGUAAUAUCGAUCCCCUUUUGUAUUGGGGGAAUUGAUCGGAGGGGUGCAGCUAUUUGGAUAAGGCUGUCUAUUUAUAUUAUUUUUAUAUUUACUUGGAAUAGGUUCAUAAUAAUAAAAAAAAUACCAUAGAUAAAACGAAAUAAAUAACCAUAGAUGAAAUAAAAUAUAUAACCCAUGGAUUAUUUGACUUGGAUAAUAAUGGAAAUAUGCACCUAAUUGUGCUAACAGUAUAUUUGCUGGUGGGGUCCAUUGAAGGAGGUUAGAUGUGAUAAUUUCACCAUGAAUUUAUCACUAUGGUUUCUUACAAGUCAUAGUGUAAUGGACUUAAUAUUAAUAAUCCUACAAAUAUAUAUAU